AUGGAUUCUCCAAUUCCAUCGGCCUUAAUCUGUUUGGGAUAUUUAAUUGCUGUUUGGAUGGGACCAACACUAAUGGCAAAUCGUUCACCAUAUAACAUUCGUCAACUAUUAUUAGUGUAUAAUGUUGCUAUGGUUGCUCUAUCUGGUUAUCUAUUCUAUGGAUUUCUUGCUGGUGGUUGGUUAAAUGGUUAUUCAUUAGGUUGUCAACCUGUCGAUUAUUCUCGAUCACCCACUGCUAUGAGGAUGGUUCGUGUUUGUCAUUUAUUUUUUCUAUCAAAAUUUAUUGAAUUACUUGAUACAAUCUUUUUUAUAAUGAAAAAAAAUUUUCAUCAAGUAAGUAUCUUACAUGUUUUACAUCAUGGUAUAAUGCCAAUAAGUUGGUGGUUUGGUGUUCGUUUUGUUCCUGGUGGUUUCGGAACAUUACAUGCUUGCAUUAAUUCAUUUAUACAUUUUCUUAUGUAUUUAUAUUAUGGACUUGCUGCACUUAGUCCGUCAUUUCGGAAAUAUUUAUUUUUAAAAAAAUCCAUGACAUGGAUGCAAAUGAUUCAAUUUAUGCUAGUUAUGGUUCAUACAUCACAAUUAUUUCUUAUGCAAUGUGAUUAUCCAAUUUUAUUUGCUUAUUGGAUAUUUUCAUAUGCUAUCAUGUUUUUACUAUUUUUUGCAAACUUUUACGUGCAAGCAUAUAUCAAAAAAUCAUUAUCAGCAGCAAAAUCAAAGCCUCAACAAAUCAAAUCAAAGACAAAUGGUUAUGAAAAAAAUGAAUGA